AUGAACGGACCUGGUACCUCUGGAGAAGGAGCAGGGACAAAACUGGGGAUUGUGCAAAUCAAUCUCCAGCACUCCAAGAUCGCCACAGCCGAGCUACUAAAAGUAGCAGAGGAGAAAGGUAUUGCUAUUGCACUGGUGCAGGAACCAUAUACUGGAUCCAGCGGCAGAGUAAAGCAGUACCCCGGCACUAGAGUAAUCCAGUGCUCCUCAAACAUCAGCAGCCGGAACCCAGUUAAAGCAGCGAUAAUAGUUUUCGGUGACCAGUUCAGGAUCAUACACGAUCCUCAGCUGGUGACCGAAACGGAAUCUGCAGUGGUGCUGGAAGCAGGCAGCUUCAGGCUUGGAGUAGUCUCUGUAUACUUUGACGGAGCGGCCGACAUAGGUCCCUACAUUGAGCGAACCAAGGCGACAUGCAAAUCGCUUAACACGCCAAACACCUUGUUAGCGGGAGACGUGAAUGCCUGGAGCCACUGGUGGGGCAGCGAAUCCGAGAACGAGAGAGGGACGGAAUACAACGCCUUCAUCAACGAAAUGGAUUACCACAUCCUCAACACCGGAAACACACCGACCUUCGAAGUCUGGCGGAGAAACGUUCUAUGCACCAGCAUAGUUGACGUGACUGCGUGUAGUUCUUCACUGCUGGGAAAGAUCAGGAACUGGAAAGUCGACAGGACGCUCAUUACAUCAGACCACAACGCCAUCACGUACACACUAGAGUUAGGAGUGCGGUUGCAACACGCAGCAGCCCCCACCACUAGAGUGUACAACACCAAAAAGGCAAACUGGUUAGCGUUCGACGAAACACUCCUGUCUUUGCUUGCGGAAAGGGACAUAACACCUGCCAGAGUAGGAGAGAUAGUGACCGGAGAGGAAAUGGAGAUCCUUACAGAAGCCUACAUAACAGCUAUUCGGGAAGCGUGCGAAAGCGCGAUCCCUAAGAUAGGCAGAAGGCGCCAAGGUACCCCCCUUCCCUGGUGGACGGAAGAAAUAGAACACCUAAAAAGGGACCUCGUUCGUAAAAAGAAAAGGAUUAAAAACGCUGCCCCGCACCGGAAGGAACACGUACUGCAAGAGUAUAAUGAGGCCAAGGCGUUAUACGCCAAGCAAUCAGCAGAGGCCCAAACUCGAAGCUGGAAGGAGUUCUGCACAAAGCAGGAGAGAGAGAGUAUGUGGGACGGAAUCUACCGUGUCCUCAGGAAAACAUCAGGAAGGAAAGAAGAGCCACUUCUAAGGGGACCGGAUGGAAAGACGUUGGACCCCAAGCAAUCUGCCGAUCUACUGGCGAACACCUUCUACCCUGAGGACGCGGUGGUAACCGAUACCCCGUAUCACACUCAACUCCGAAAAAUUGUGCAAGAAACACCUCAAAAGCGUUUGGGAGAAUUGAAAGAGGACGACCCACCGUUCACCGAGGCCGAAUUGGAGGCUGUGCUGCAAGAGCAAAACCCCAAAAAGGCACCGGGACCGGACGGGUUCACCUCGGACAUUUGUGCCAGAGCGAUUCGCUGCUCAAGGGAAGUAUUCAUGGCAAUUGCCAACAAAUGCCUAGCCAUUUCUUACUUUCCGAGACAGUGGAAGAUCGCCCAUGUAGUCAUUCUCAACAAACCGGGCAAAGAAGAUUACACCAGCCCCAAAUCCUAUCGCCCCAUCGGACUGUUGUCCGUCCUGGGAAAAACGUUAGAGAAACUUUUUGUGAGAAGACUACAAUGGCACCUACUCCCAACCCUCAGCCCAAGGCAGUACGGUUUCUUGCCGCAGCGCGGAACCGAGGACGCCCUGUAUGACCUGCUGAAGCACGUCAACGCGGAAAAGGAAGCGGGAAGAUCCGUGUUGAUAGUGUCGCUGGACAUAGAGGGGGCCUUCGACAACGCGUGGUGGCCGGCUCUGAUGAACCAACUAAGGAUCAGACGUUGCCCCAGAAAUCUGUACCUGAUGGUGGACUCAUACCUCAAAGACAGAAAGAUAAUCGUUAAUUAUGCAGGCGAAACCAGCGAGCGGGAAACAACCAAGGGAUGUGUGCAGGGCUCCAUUGGAGGCCCUACUUUCUGGAACAUCAUAUUGGAUCCCCUCCUGCAAAGAUUAUCGUCCGAGGAAGUCUACUGUCAGGCCUUCGCAGAUGAUGGGGUCCUGGUAUUCUCCGGAGAGUCCAUAGAUGGAAUGGAGGAUCGCGUCAACAGAAUAUUGGAGCGGACGGUAGAAUGGGGUAGAGAGAACAAGUUAAACUUCGCAGCACACAAGACGCAAGUCAUGUUGCUAACAAAAAAACUGAAGUACACUCCUCCCCAAAUCACCAUGUCCGGAACAACUCUAUCUCUGGUAGACGAGAUCAAACUCCUAGGACUGACCAUAGACAGGUGGCUCAACUUCAACUCGCACGUGCGAAACAUCUGCACCAAAGCGGCCAGCAUAUAUAAACAGCUGAUAUGCGCAGCAAGAGUCACCUGGGGACUUAAUGGAGAAAUUAUCAGGACACUAUACGUCGCAGUAAUAGAACCUAUUGCGACCUAUGGGGCCUGCGCAUGGGCAAAAGCGUCUGAAAACCUAACCAACAGGAAAGCGCUAGAUACACUCCAGAGGGGUUUCGCGCAAAGGAUCUGCAAGGCGUACAGAACAACGUCUCUGCCUGCAGCGCUAAUCCUUGCAGGAAUCCUACCGCUGGACCUGAGAAUCCAGGAAGUGGCAUCCCUUUACGAGGCGAAGAAGGGGCUCUCCGUCGACUUCCUACCACCAGAUCGUAAACUCGAGGAGAUUGUAAAAGCCAAAGAUUUACCACACCCGGCCACUAAACUCCAACUAGAGUACACUCUGCUCGAGGACAUGACAGAUGCCACCCAAACUGCACUCCAGAUUACUGGCCCACAGGUUUACACCGAUGGAAGUAAAAUGGAAGGCAGGGUGGGAGCGGCACUUACAUGGUGGGAAGAUGGCAAGGAGACACACAGCCAAGUCUUCAGCCUGGACUCCACGUGCACCGUAUUCCAGUCUGAGAUCUAUGCACUCCACAGGGCAGUGUCCGGAGCGUUGGAAAGCGAAGAUGCAGCAAUCAACAUCCUGAGCGACUCAAGAUCGUCGCUGGAUCUGUUGUGCAGCACUCGGCUAACCCAUCCUCUGGCAAAGGCCAUAAAGGAGAGCAUUGCUGAGAUGCGGUCGCGAGGGAGGGAGGUCCGUUUGUUCUGGCUCAGAGCUCACGUGGGAACGGCGGGAAACGAAAGGGCGGAUGAGCUUGCCAAAGAAGGAGCCUCGAAAGAGACCUCUUCACCCGAUUACGCAGAAGUUCCGCUGUCAUACGUCAGAAGGAAGAUAAGGGAGGAAUCUAUAGCCAGAUGGCAGGAUAGAUUCGAUACUGCCUCCCAAGGUGCGGUCACAAGAACGUUCUUCCCCAAUGUAAGCAAAGCUUACAGUUUCGUGCGAGGAACGAAUCUAAAUCACCUGCACGUACAAAUCCUGACGGGACAUGGCGGCUUCGGAGAAUACCUGCACCGGUUCAUGUUGAGAGACAGUCCCGGAUGUGAGUGUGACCCGAAUGUCAGCGAAUCGGUAUGGCACAUAUUACUCGACUGCCCCAGGUUUCAGACUGCCCGUUACAACCUGGAGUGUAUCUGCGACACAAAGUUGAGGCGGGAAGUGUUGGGAGAUCUGCUGCAAAAUAAGUCAACAAGGAGUCACUUCCUCAACUACAUCGAGGAAGUAGCGGCCAUUGCGACAAAACGCAAUAAGACUGCAGAGGCGCAACCAUCCACAAACACUAACACCAACACCGACACCAACUCCACUAACACCGACACUAACACCACACGCACCGACACCAUCAACACACAGGUGCAGCAGUACUCAUCAGACAACCAAGAUCAGUUGUCCACACUCUUAAAAGCCGGAGAAGCGGGGAAGCCCAGGCUGCGGGUCCGAGGAGUUGCCAUGUUCAUGAACAACAACUCGGAACGAGUGGGAGUGGCCUUCUGCAACGACAGGGCGAAGACUAACAUCUAUAUCUCACCGGGACUCGGACUCCUGUUGAACGGAAGCACAAGCAAAACGACCAUGCGCCGUAAAGUUUACGACGCCUUACCUACGGUCUCCGUGGGGGGUCAGCGGUGUCGAAUGGUGCGGAGGAAGAACAAAACCAUCGCACUUUUCGCCACUGAUGACAUCUCUACGGCUUUUCAGAAGGUCUGCAGCGUGCUAACGUCGAUAGGGGGCUGUGUUCUGGGGGAUACUCCCAUUCCUAGAGUGCUAAGCGUGGAUGCCAUGGCAGUGUCUCACCACACGGGCGAAACAAGAGAUCAUCUGGGCGCCCUUGAAGCCUCAAAACAUCAUGAGGUAGUGGUAUAUGAGAACAGAGGUCAAGACCUCGGGUUUCUCUUGAGACGUGACCAGGGUGGAAGCGAAGCCACUACGAGCCGCGGGGGAUCUCUGAACCAAGUUCGGGAUAUCAGCGGAUCGGAGAGGCUGCAACAAGCACUCGAAGAGGAGAGUCGCCAGUCGAAGCAGAAAGGCACCGACCAGGACAAAGAUAGGAAGAAGUCCACGGUUGCCACACUCCUAAACCGAAUGGCCCAAGCUAUCGUAAGCCCGGUAAAAGAGAAGAUGAGAAAACUCAGAGGAACGGUUCAACUGGAAACGGCAGUGGAAAAAUUCACAGCCCCAUCCAUAUCCCGCCAAGAGGUUACGCAGAUCACCCAGCGAACCAGAGCGGAUAUGGGGCUUGUGACCCCCCCUCGGCUGAAGCCAGCGAACGAUCAGCUGGCACACAUGGAGAACGCUCUUCGAGAGUUCUUAGCGAUAACGGCUGCCACAAGGAAAGUCAACGCGGACAUCUGCAGUGCGAUACUGCAGACUUACAAACGUGGCAACGUCAAGUCGCUCGAAGUGAAACUGGAAGAAGCGGAGGCCGCAAUUUACGACCUAGACACACAACGUGUUAUACACGGUAGCGUGUGCGGGGAGUAUAUGGCGGCAUACUGCGCAACGGAAGGCUUCAUAGAACUCGAAAAGAGCCAGCCGGGAGAGAGGGACCUCAUCCGGCCAAUAUGUCCCCCCAGUGACCCGAAGGUUGUGAUUGCCAAGUGCACCAGAGUGAUGCUAGAAGACAGAAUUCUUGAGAUGGCUAACACCAUCUUCGGGAACCUGACAGAUAGCACCCGACUGGAAUGCUUGGCGACCACAGCUUUCACAUGGGUGAACGGGGUGCCCGGAUGCGGUAAAACCACAUGGGUAGUCGCUCACGUCAACAUCGAGAGCGACCUCAUAGUGACCGCCACUAGGGAAGCAGUCAAAGAUCUCAGGGACAAACUGACACCAAAGGUCGGGGAAGAACGAGCCAAACGGCGAGUUCGGACCAUGGCCUCACUGUUGGUAAACGGGAUGAUGAAGGGCGAAACGUGCACCCGUCUUGUGGUGGACGAAGCCCUAAUGAAUCAUUUCGGAUCCAUAGUGAUGGCUACAAAGAUCACAGGAGCCAGCGAGACCUUGUUGAUUGGAGACCACAACCAGCUACCCUACAUCGACCGACACAACCUGUUCCCUCUGAAGUACUGCAGACCCCACAAAGUCACGACAGUCACGAAGGAGUUGUUGUGUACGUACAGAAACCCACAGGACGUGGCGUAUGCCCUUAGUGAAAUCUACAGCGGCAUUUACUCGGCCAAGAAUCUUACGCGCUCCCUGACACUGAAAGAAUAUAGAGGGGCUAAUAUCCCGAAGUUGGAAGAUACGUUGUAUCUGACCCAUACCCAGGCUGAGAAGGAGCUCCUAAUCAGCCAAGGAUAUGGAGCCAACUCGGGUUCCUGCACCCUUACUAUUCAUGAAGCCCAGGGCCGCACGUUUGAUACAGUGAUCAUCGUACGUACAACAACCAAAAACUCCAAGCUGCACCAGAGUGUCCCACACGCGGUAGUUGCAAUCUCUAGACACACGAAGACCUGUGUGUACUACGUGGAUAAUAAAAAGAACGACGCAGUAGCUCGUUUUAUUCAACGUGCAGAGAGAGCAACUGACGCUUCCAUCCGGGACUACAACCUGAAAAUGGCGAUUUGGCAUGGUGACGACAAGACUCGGGACAACAUCCUCGCAUCCGAAGCGGAGCUGGAGGAGGCCUGAAAGUGACACCCCCCCCUGAAAAGACAACAGCCUUCGGCGGGACCGUUGGCGACAUCUCGGACAUGACAAAAAAAAAAAAAAAGAAUAACUUUAGCCAGUAAGUAGUAAUACUCUUUAAUAAAUAAAUAAAAAAAAAAAAAAAAAAAUGACGUAAUAAAUAAAAAAAAAAAAAAAAAAAAAAAAAAAAAAAAAAAAAAAAAAAAAAAAAAAAAAAAAAAAAAAAACAA